AUGUUGCGGAAAGCGAUUUUGACGGGGCUUGCCGUCGUUCUGAUCUCUUCACUCGUCAACGCACAAUUCGAUGAGAAACGACAGUGUUUUUGCAAAGAGAAUGAAGCGGUGGAACCUUGUGACUGCUCUUCAGACUCGAUUGAUGUGUUCAACAAUGAAGUCCUCCACAAGAAGCUCACUCGACUCUUACAACGACCAUUUUUCCGAUAUUACAAAGUAAACAUGGAUAAACAAUGUCCAUUUUGGCCGGAUGAUCGCCAAUGUGGCUCAAAGGAAUGCGGGAUAAUGACAUGCGAUGAUGAAGUGCCUGCUGGUUUGAAGCGACCGGCUGUUGUUACAACGAAAGCUUCCAAUGGCAAUGAGAAAUGUGCAGGUGACACGGCGAACACUUUUGAUCCAGUGGAUCGAUCGUUGAGUGAGGGUGAGAAACAACGACACGCCGAAUGGGAUGAACACGAUAGAGCAGAUCACGACAAAUUCUGCGAAGUAGAUGAUGAAGAAUCAUUGGAGAUGCACUAUGUGGAUCUUCUGAAAAACCCCGAACGAUACACAGGAUACAAGGGAGACAGUGCUUUGCGAGUCUGGAAGAGUAUUUAUCAAGAAAAUUGCUUCAAACCGGAUCCGAAGUUCGACAAGAAUUUUCUCAUCAAUCCAAACAAUCUAGGCUUGUGCUUGGAGAAACGAGUGUUUUAUCGUCUCAUUUCUGGUCUUCAUUCGGCGAUCACGAUCUCGAUCAGCGCUCACAAUUAUAAACCUGCACCUGCUGGAUUUGGCACUGGAACAUGGUACAGAAAUGUGGAGAUGUUUGCUGGACGCUUCGGGACGAAAUGGAGUUGGGAAGGACCACAACGAUUGAGGAACGUCUAUUUCACCUUUUUAUUGGAACUUCGUGCUAUCAUCAAAGCGGCUCCCUACUUGCAAAAUGAGCUCUUUUACACGGGAAAUGAAAAGGACGAUUCGGAAACACGUGCAGCCAUUGAGGACCUUUUGGAGACGAUUCGAGAACAUCCAAAUCAUUUUGAUGAGCAAUAUAUGUUCCAGGGUGUUGAGGCGCAAGCUCGUGAGUUGCGUGAGGAAUUCCGGUCACAUUUCCUCAACAUUUCUCGCAUUAUGGAUUGUGUUGGUUGCGAUAAGUGUCGUCUAUGGGGGAAGCUUCAAACACAUGGAAUGGGCACCGCUUUGAAGAUUCUUUUCUCUGAUCUACCGUAUUCACAUUUCCGAUCAGUUGAGCCCGGCCGGGAACCGCCUUUCCAAUUGACAAGAAACGAGGUCGUUUCACUCUUCCAAUCGCUCGGUCGGUAUUCGUCGUCAAUUUUCGAGGUUGGGGAGUUCCGGAAAGCGAUGCUUCCCCAAACAACAACUGGACACACCGAUUUG